CAAGGCACCCACCACCACCACCAAAAACGUUGCGGCUUCGUACCUUACGGGCAUAGCAUCCCCGCCGUCUCCUCCACCCACGACCACGUCUGCCACCCGCACACCAUACUACGUGCCACCCAUUACGCCCUCUUUGCCUAUUCCACUCGCGCCUGCAUACACGCAAGGAGUCCGCCAACAUGUGAGAUGCCCCGAAACCGUUCUCGUGCUACCUACAAGCCAGAAUCACUAACUCAUGUUUCUCCACUUGGCCAGGCCACGCGUCACAAUAUCCAUCAGCGCCCCCGACCAGCCCUCCGAAUCCGACAUUCUGUCCAUGGAGCUUCCCCCAGGCUUGACCAUCGAGGAGCUCAAGGCUCUCAUCGCCCACGAUACAAAUCACCCCGUCGCAUCUCAGCAGCUCUUCCUGAACGGAAACCCCCUCAACACACAGUCUCAGACACUCGAGGAGGCAGGAAUUCAGGAUGGUGAGAUGCUUGCACUGCUCGUCCGCCGCCGUGGCAACCCACCCCAGCGGCAACAGCAGCAGCCCCAGCCGCCCCAACAACCCUCCCGUCAAGGAGCCGCGGAUCCCGAGGCCGUGCGACAGCAUGUCUUGAGGACUCCAAACGCUGCCGAGGAGAUCAGGACUCGCCGCCCCGCUCUGCACGCUGCACUGGACGACCCCGAACGCUGGCGCGAAGAGUAUUCGCGCAUGCUCCGCGAAAACGACAACAACGAGCGCGAGCGCCAACUUCAGAUUCAGCGCCUGAACGAGGAUCCCUUCGAUAUUGAGGCUCAGCGCAAGAUCGAGGAGAUCAUCCGCCAGGAUCGCGUCAUCGACAACCUGCAAGAAGCCUUGGAUAACAAUCCUGAAGUGUUUGGUCGCGUGCACAUGCUCUACGUUAAUACCGAAGUGAAUGGUGUUCCUGUCAAGGCCUUUGUGGAUUCGGGCGCUCAGGCUACCAUCAUGUCUCCGAGCUGCGCUGAGAGGUGUGGAAUUAUGCGCCUUAUGGAUACUCGAUUCGCUGGUAUGGCCAAGGGAGUGGGCACCGCCAAAAUCUUGGGUCGGGUUCAUUCUGCUGAGAUCCAGAUUGGUGGUGCCGUCAUGAAGUGCUCCUUCACCGUCAUGGAAGGCAAAGAUGUGGAUCUUCUCUUCGGACUGGAUAUGCUGAAGCGGUACCGAGCCAAGAUUGACCUCGAGAAAGACGCUCUUUGUUUCGAAGGUGUCGAGGUGCCAUUCUUGCCAGAGAAUGAGAUACCCAAGGGCUUUGAGGACAGCGAGCCGACCGUGGAGGGUCCCAACGGUACAAAGAUCGGAUCGAUAUCAGGCGCUGUGAAAGAAGGUGAUUCGUCUUCGAAGAUUGCUCAAGGUCCCCCUGAAACCACCCCCGCCUCGGCCUCUACUCCUGCUCCUUCCACUACACGCGCAGCGUCCUCCACCGCAACUCAAUUUCCUCAAAAAGACAUUGACGUACUUGUCGGUCUCGGAUUCUCGCGCCAAGAUGCCGUCCAGGCACUGGAGGCUGCCAACGGCAAUGUCGAAUAUGCCGCUAGUUUGCUCUUCGCACGCUAG